UCCCGGCCAAGUCAGUGGCGGGCCGAGCGCCGACAGACCCCGCCCGCUCUCCCAGGCUGCUCCGCGCUGCAGCCGGGGGAGGGGGAGGAGGAGGGGGAGGUGGAGCCGCUUUAUCGAGAGCCGAAGUGGAAAUUUCCCCCCUCAGUUGCCGGCUCCGCCGCGGAGAAGACACCAGCGAGAGUCGCCUGCCCGUGUCCGACUAACCGCCCGCCAUGUCCAACUACAUCCACGUCCCGCCCGGCUCCCCGGAGGUGCCCAAGCUGGACAUCACCGUCAGCGACCGGGAGGGGCCCGGCUGCCGCCAGGGCGCCCUGCAGCUCCUGCGCCGCCUGCGGCCCCACUGGAGACCCGAGGAGGUGACGCUGCAGCUGUUUACCGAUGGCAUCACCAAUAAACUAAUUGGCUGCUAUGUGGGUGACCUAACAGACGAUGUGGUUCUGGUUAGGAUCUACGGAAAUAAGACCGAGCUCCUAGUAGAUCGCGAUGAGGAAGUGAAGAGUUUCCGCGUGUUGCAGGCUCAUGGCUGUGCACCUCAACUAUACUGUACUUUCAAUAAUGGCCUGUGCUACGAGUUCAUGCAGGGAGAAGCACUGGAUCCAGAGCAUGUAUGCAAUCCAGAUAUUUUCAGACUCAUUGCCAGACAGCUUGCUAAAAUCCAUACUAUUCAUGCACACAAUGGAUGGAUCCCUAAAUCUAAUCUAUGGCUGAAGAUGGGGAAAUACUUCUCUCUCAUACCCACAGAAUUUACAGAUGAGGAAGUAAAUAAAAGGUUUUUAAGUGACAUUCCAAGUCCUCAAGUUCUUCAAGAAGAGAUGGCCUGGAUGAAGGAAAGACUGUCAAAUUUAGGAUCACCAGUGGUACUCUGUCACAAUGACCUGUUGUGUAAGAAUAUUAUUUACAACAAGAAACGAGGUGAUGUGCAGUUCAUAGACUAUGAGUACUCUGGAUACAACUACCUGGCUUAUGACAUUGGAAAUCACUUCAAUGAAUUUGCAGGAGUAAAUGAGGUAGACUACAGCCUUUAUCCUAACAGAAAAUUACAGGAACAAUGGCUGCGAUCUUACCUUGAGGCCUACAAAGAAUAUAAAGGAUUUGGCACAGAAGUCAGUGAAAAAGAAGUUGAAGUUCUAUAUGUCCAAGUCAAUCAGUUUGCACUGGCUUCCCACUUCUUUUGGGGAUUGUGGGCUCUAAUUCAAGCCAAAUAUUCCACCAUUGACUUUGAUUUUCUAGGGUAUGCAAUUGUUCGGUUUAACCAGUAUUUCAAAAUGAAGCUGGAGGUCAUGACACUAACUCUUCCUGAGUAAUGAAGAGGAAGAAACUUUACCAAGUGGAUAGACAACCCCUGAAUCUUUUCUGAGAACAGAUACUGGAAAAAAGCUAAACAUUUGUUGAAGUUCUGUAAUGCUCACUUGGUGGUUCUUGCUUUAUAAAUAAUGCCUCUAAACAGUCCUUCAAUGUUAAAUUUAAUAUGAAGAGCAUACGUACUGCUGUUGAUAUAAAACGGAUUAGAAACUUGCUAAAUCUAUAAAAAGUUGUAGAAAUGGCAAUUUAAUCCUUCUUUGUAAUUUAACAUAUGUUGUAUGUGAAUUAUUUAUUAUAAGUUUAACAUGAUUCCAUUGCUGCUUUCAUCAGUUUUUGUAAAAGUUGGGUGCAGACAGUGAAGUUGUUCCAAAGGAUUUGUUUAACAACUUAUUUUAUUGAAGUUGCAUUAACUUAUAUUAAAGAAAACAUGGUCAGAGAAUAUUUUAGAUGUAUACAAGCAAAAUAUGAGUGAUAAUAGACUCGUGGGAUCACUAGUGUGCUGUAACUAGGGAAAAAGAUUAGGAUGAUCUUUAUGUUUCCCCCUCUUUCUUUUUAAAAAGAAAAAGGUAGCUUUCUAUAUGAUGGUACUUUUAUUUUGUAUGAGAAUCAACCAACUUGCUGAAAUGAUAAAUAACGCUUUGAUUUUUCCUUCUUGAUGCGUUAAGCUGUAGAAAUGUGAGAGUUCUGUGGACACCAGAUUCUUUGAGGAUACGUACCAUCAUAGUGUUAGAUGGACAGUGCACCAUCUCUAACUUCUGUGGGAAAGCUGUUUGUUUAUUUAGUGUACUUUUAAAGCAAAAGACCACUAUUCCAAGUCUCUAUUCCUUUUUGAAACUUGAUUCUAAAUUUGAACACUAUUCUGUUCUCUGUAUUUGAUGUGCUUCAGCAGUAUCUAGCAGACUGGACUAUUGAACUGAAGAUUAGUGAACAGAGAUCCUGUUGCACUGGGGAGCAAGACACUUAGGUUUACAGUUCAUGUAUUGUUGACAUCUUUCUGCUUUGUCAUCUUCUAGCCUUGGAUUAUAGUCUUAAAUGCUUGGUCCUGUAGUUGCGAAUUCUGGUAUGUCUCUUAUCUUGGUUUGGUUUUGUUUUUGUUUUUUUUUUUUUUUUCUGCUGCAGCAAAUUACUUUUCAAAGUCUCCGGUUUGAAGGAUAACAUGGGAGAAGUGUAUGACUUGAACAACGGGGCUUUGAUCAUCACACACAUUUUCUUGUUUCUUAAGGCUAUUAUACCAAGAAUGGUCUGGAUUACAAAAUGUGAAUUGAAAAGAAAAUGUUUACUUAACAAAACAAUGUAUGGAGUGGAAAAGAGGCUUUAAAAUCUGAAAGGGGGUGAGGGGGGCAGGAGGGGAAGAAACCCACAACAGAAAAAUAAAACCCAACAAUGCAGUGUGGAGUUGGGCAGGCACGUACUCAACUCUCAUUAUACUCUGAAAAACUUUGCACUUUGGUCACAUAAGUGCCCACGUGUACAAAGUCUGUGUGUGUGCAUAUACACGUGCAAACACAAACUUAUCUGAAGAGUAAAUAUUAUGGGGAGUCUGUUGUACGGACUCCAGCAAAGAUAUUUAUUCAAAAUCGCUUUAUGGCACACUGUUGUGUGUGUAUGUGUAUAUAUGCACACACAUAUAUACAUACGUGCUUUACAAAAGCUUGGAUUGAUUCAGGACAAAGAAAACUGAUGUGAAUGAAAAAUUUUCACCUUAAAAGACCAUUUUGAAUGGCAUUCUGUUAUUUUACAAAAGCAAAGUUUGGGAUUUUUUUCCUCUUAACUUCUUUAUAUUAAUCUCUGAGUGUUUCUCUGUUACCCCCCUCCCCCCGUCAGUACUUUAGAAGUCCUAAUACAAAUGGGAGAACUGGGAUUUUUUUUGUAACUUGAAAUUAGGUAACCAUUUUCCACUAGCGUUUGUUAGCCGGAAGCUACUAUACUGGACAAAUUUUCUUGGUAGUUAAAUAGAAACAAAUAGCGAAAAUAGACAUUUGUAUUUCUGUUUUCCUUCGUAGCAGUUUUAAAGGAUGUUGCUAGAGCUCAUGCAAGCACUGAAGACUUUAAUUUUCUGUACUUUCUCCCUAUUGAUUUUAUUGACAUAUGUUGCAUAAUACCCUGCUGUCUUGGUAGUCCCUUUAAGUUCAGUAAGAUCUGCUCAGAAGUAAGAUUGAUAAAGAUUUUUUUGAACUCUUAUUACUGUUUUCUUCAAGUGAUGGCUUUAUUUCUGGCAGUGUUGCUUUGUAUUUGUGAAAUAUUUGAAAAAGGUUGUGAAGUUCACUUGGUCUUAAGAAAUCCAACACUUGACAGAUCCUGACUUUCCCAACAGUUGGCAAAACACAUUCCCUUUUCAGGUACCAGUACUAUUUAAGUUUGGAGUUAGUGUAAUUUUUUUCGGUAGUAUUUUUGUUUUUAUAGCUCAAGUAGCAAUAACUGUAGGAGUGGAAGCUUGCUUCUGCAGAACCAAAGCUCUUCAUGAGUGCAGCUCAAUCUCAUUCUUGUGGAGCGAAGCUCCACUGAAUCCCAUAAAAGCACUUUGAAGCAGAUAGUAAAUACUGCAAGCUUUUCCUGAGCCACUUCGAAGAAGCACAAGGAUUAUCACAGGUUACAGUGGUUGACUUUGCAGUACUGGUAGAGGCUUUCAUUUUGCAUGUCGAAAUCCAUUUUACACACUUAAAUGCUGCUUUGCAUCAGCUUUCAUUACAAGACAAGCGCAGAUUAAAACAAUUCCUGAUAAAUUCUGAGGAAAUACUUAAAACUUUUUUCUGAAAUGAAACGCCAGUUACCAUGGGCCUUGUUCCACAUCCGUUUGAGCCAGUAGCACUCGGAUAUUCUCACUCGCUAAGGAGUAUCUACAGGUGUGUUAAGUUUGAAGCAGUAGUUUGCAAUAGCAUUGCAGAUGAUAAGGUAGCUUGAAACUGUGAAUACAGGACAUUCUGAAUGUAAAUCAGGUACUAGAGCACCAAACUGGAGAACGUGUACUCAUUUCAAUUAAUUCAUCUCAGUCUCUUUAGUAGCAAUGUUAAGAUAUUUAAAGGAGGACAAAAAGAUGACUGAGCUCUAGAAACAUCCUGUAGUAGUUUUGACUGUGACUUGCCAAGAAGAUAUUCUGUUGCCUUUAUGUUAAGCUAAGGGCAUGAAUGCCAAAAUUAAUAAUUCUUACUGUAGUUAAACAUAUAUUGUAAAUAUAACAAGGAUUAUUAGUAACGGCAUUCUUGCAUAAAUAGCAUCAAGUCAAUAGACCAUAGUGGCCUGGUUGCUUUUGUAAAGCAGAACAGUGUGAAUUUUUUUCUUCUCAUUUCUGCAGUCAGAUCUGGCUAAUCCAUGCCUAAUUUCUUAAGUCAUCUAAGCAUUAAAGAUUUCUGAACGAUAACUAGUCUUUUAUCACAUGAUUUCAGCUCUCUUCAUUUACACGUCUUCAUUUACAUUUUAAAAAUACUUACAAAUUUGCAUUAACCAGGUCUGACUGUGUAUGUAUAUACAACAGUGUAAAUAACCAUUUGUAAAUUAGUGUGAAUUGUACUGUAUCUUGCAUUUAUGGACUUGUGUAUUGCAUUGUAUUCUCUCCUAUUUUGUAGAAAUUUUGAUGUAAAGAAAAAAACUAACUCUGUGUGCAGACUUCUUUUGUUAACUUGACCUGUAACAGAGCAUAAUAGUUUUAUGUUAAGGUAUCCAUUUAUAGCCUUGGGCAUCCAGUGUCUUUUUUUUUUUUUUUCCCAUUAGCUUUUUUGACAUCUUGCUCUUGGGAAUGAUUCUGGGAAUAAAGGAAUUUAUACAGUACUAAGGUGAAGAGAAAGUCUAUUCUAAUAAUAGGGCAAACUAUGUGUCAGAGGUACAUGUAGUACCUGUGGUAUAGGGAAGGCUGUUAAAAUUGGUUACUUAAACUUCCAAAAAUUUCCUAUACGUUCUUGGAUGCUGGUGACUUCUAAACAUAAGCACGUUGAAUUGAAGUACUCUUAAAAGUGUGCGCUUCUGUGGUGACAGCAAUUGAGUUAGUUGUGGUAGAAGUCCCCCAGCUUAAAUGUUUUUGGUGGAUAUAACCUUAUGAUAGGAUUAGUUGCUGACUUGUAAAUGCUUUUAAUAAAUGCCCAAAUCACUAAAAUAGUUCUGCCAGUCAUUUUCCUCAACACUAGAGCUAUUGGUAGCCCCUUUAGACUAUUUGAAACGUACCUGAGGUAUUUACCCCGUGUGCCGUUCCCUUCCCUUCCUCUCUGUGCCCACAGCCCUACUUCAUUAGGGGAAACAAGCAUAUAAAAAGCUUCCUUUCCAUACUUUAAUCCUCACUAUUUCCUUUCUGACUAAAAUGGUGUUUUAUUUUGUCAGUACGUGACUUCUCAUCGGAAUUUUUGUGUCUGGGAAGUCCCUUUCUGAAGAGGCCUUUAAUCUUGGAAGCGUAGGCAUAACGAAGCAUAGUUCUCCCCAAUUGCCUGACUAUAUUUCAUUACUGUUGCUUUUCACUCUCUGUUUUGAGCUCCGUAGUGUCCUUGAGGCUGUCAGUUUAUUCUCGUCACUGCUGCGUUUAAUAACUCUGCUGGAAAAUAUUGGUGUGCAAAUCUCAUUGUCCAUCUGACAAAUUGAUUUUGAUGCAGUUUGUACACCCUGGCAGCUUUACCUGCAGCGGACAAAAGGUACACACGCUUAUCAGUGUUGCUACUUUAAGUUACUAGGGUCCUGGGAAGUGAGUUUAUCAAAGAAAUAUUGGUCAAGAGGAGGGAUGGGCUCAGUAAAUAUAGGUAAAAGGAAGUAGUUCACACAAACUCAAGCUUUUUAAUCUAGCGAGGUAUUGGAUGCGCUUAUUUACUUGUAUGGUUUAAGGACAAGAGCAAAUUGUAAAGGGGAAAGUUGGUUUCAAAAUGGCAUUCAGAUUUCUUUUGAAGUCUUUGGUAGCUAACAAAAGCUUAUAAAAUAUUAUUUUGUUACUCCCACCAAAAGAAAUCUUAAACCAAAUUUGAGUAACUUUCUAAUUAAAGAAGACUCUGUUCUGUAGCCCAGUGGAAUAUAAUCUCUUUCUUGGCGUAGUCCUUCCUCUAGCAUGUAGAGGAGGUUGACCGCGUCUGUCAGCGUUUGAGGUGGCUGCCUAUUCUUCAUUUGUGUUAAGAUUUUUUUUUUUGUAUUGUUUACUGUGUUCUUGGAUGCCUUCGAAGGCGUGCUAGAUUACUAAACUACUGGAAUUAGCUACUGUCUCUUAUCAUCUCUUUCACACCAGGCAGGCUGUAAUUGUAGAAGAACAGAAAGCAUUUGAUCAAACCUUCAAGUAACGCAAGGCUGACGAGUCCUGCAGCUCAUUCUUUUCUCCCCUUUUUAUUGCUGUGGGCUGCAAGCUGGUUGUUUUCAGGAGUUGGGAAAGAUACAAAAAGCCACGACCUUUGGUCUUGUGCAAGGUAGGUGUUCCGUUAGCCGACCGCGCAACUUCUAAGAAAGGGGCUCUCAGCAGUGAGAAACCAUGCAAAUCCAGAUGGGACAUCUCAGGAGAAACCAAACUUUAUGGCUUGUAGACCUCUGGGGGUGGAAAGGGAAACGCGCGAAAUGUGUGCACGUGCCAGUUGUAUGGAGAUGCUCCAUCUAUGUGAUGUGGUGAGACUGGAAAAAGCAUUGCCUGAUUUUUUUUUUAUUUUUAUUUUUUUUUCCCCUUAAGUGACUUUUCCAAUUGGUCUGAUCUGCAGAGAUUUAAGUUCUUGUGGUUGGGAAACCAGUCAGCUUGGGGAGGAGAGGGAAGAAGUCCAGAAGAUUAUUAAAGAAUUAAAAAUUUGGAAAAGAUUAUUAAAAAGAACACCUAGGCAGUUGAUUAACUUGCAACACUUCGGUGUGUGUUGGGCUUUUCUAUGUAUUUAAUAGCAUAGGUGGUGUUCUGCAGCAGAUUCUUUAAUAAAGGGUUUUUUUUAAUUAUUGUGAAAUGUCAGAAAACUGACUGGAAUGGGCCUGAAGCCCAUUAUGCUCUUAGCCAGGCUUCACCAGGUGACCAAACUUCUGGUUCAAGGUUUUGUGUUAGGUGUUUCUGUAGCCACCUAGAAUUGUUGAGCUGCUGUCUCAGAUGUCCCUGUGGUGUGGAACUGUGGAACUCUAAUUCAUGGAGUUCCCAAAUAUGUUUGAGUUGAUGCUUGUAGAGAGAUGACAGAGAGAGAACCUGGUGGAAAUGAAAAGUUGUGUGAACAUUUAGAAAGCAACCAUGCUACUUGAAGUCUUAACGAACUUUGAAAAUAAACGCUGAAAUAACUUCAGGUACUGCACCAGCCUAUUUUUAUGGUAUUGCAACUAUGUUUUUUCUAUGUUGUGUGUGGUGUGUUGGUUUUUUUUUUUUCCCCCCACAUAGAGAUCCAUGCAAGAUGAAAGAGACCAUGGAAGAGAAACAAAAAACGUUGUAUACAAUGCCAUAACAUGCAGCAUAAGCUGAAAAAAGGUGUAUGUUUUUAAGCUUUUGGUGGUGUGUAAUUCAUAAGUGUUAUCAAAAAAUGGUAGGUGUCAAGUCUUCAGUGUGUGAAAGAAUUUUUUUUUUAAAUGUUCAUUUUAACAUUUUGUAUCUCGGAUGCAGUCUGUGGUAGUUAAAUGCUGCUGCUUUGUACACAAGUGCUUUGAAUAGUCUCAGCACCGAGAAUGCAUCCAACCUUUCUUUAUUAUGACUUAAAGUUAGAUUCAUUGGUUCUGUCUCAAGCCUCUUAAUCUAGCUAUCUAAAAGCCUUUAAACUCUUGCAGGAACAGGGCCGUAGCAUAUUAGGGAUAUAUUCCGUUUUGUGUCCUUUUUUUUUUUUAUUGCAUAUUUUCUAGUGUUCUUUUAAACACAAGUCCAUUUGUCCUGUGAAUAAAAUAAGUUCCAUUUACAAAUAAGCCUUUGUCAUCUUCCAGCACUGUCAUACCCCCUAGAAGUCCCCAUGACCCUUCUUGUAUGUUGUGGAGUUUAGAUGCAUCAUUUACCCAUUGGAGUGAAUUGCAUUUCUUCUGAACUAAAUGUUAUUAAAGCUAUUAUAAGGCCUUCUACCACUGAUUAAAUGAAGUCAUGUACCUUUCCGAGAGAUUUAUAUUGUGUAAAUAACUUCAAACUGCAACAAUAAAGUUUGUUUCUAACUGCA